CAUGUGAGAACACCAUCUUAGGAGAGAAAUGAGAAUGAAUUAUAGCCAUCGGAUCUUGAACUAUUUUAAUACAUCGGCUCUCUCUCAUUAAGGGUAAAGAUGAUAUUUUCGCAUCACAUUAAUGAUAUCUGAUUGUUUCCUUAACCGUUUCCUACAAAUUCUCACAACCAAGUAUCUUAUCAAAUUAUUUUUUGAUGGCUUUACCGUUCUUGAUAGUAAUAGCUACUUUAUCAAAUUAUUUUAUGUUUUCCCAGCCAAUCAAAAUAAUUCUUUAUCCCAUUAUUUGACUCAUUCACACUCUCAUUAUUUCUCCAGAGUCACAUCAGAAUACAUCCCUGUUUCAUUCUUUCUAAAUAAAAGACUUAAUCAUUUCAUCGUGUCUAAAUAUAUCUUCUAUUUUAUUUUUGAAGAUUUUUAUGCUUUUGUUUUUCUUUAUGUUUACAUAUAUCUUCUGUUUAAUUUUUGUGUUCCUCCUAUGUAAGUGAAAUGAUAUUUAUGCACUAUAACUAUUUCUCUCAAAAUCAGUGCACACAUUAUAUGAUUUUAAUGCACUAUAUUCAAUUCAUAAAAUUAUCGUAUAGUUUGAUGCACUCAUUAGAUGUUUGACAUUAACUGUGAUAAAAAGCACUAAUAAAUCGAAAAUAAAGAUCAUUCGCAAUGGACUCUGAGCGCCCCUUCAUGGUGCAUAACUAUUCAAGUAAAGUGCAUUUACUUAUGAGAAAAAAUGCAUGCCAUUCAUGAAAAAGAAAAUUUAUUGAUGUGUAUAAAGUGCAUAUGGUGCACUAUGCUUCAUUUAAAAUAGCAUUAUUCAAACAUUUUAUUUGCACUUUUACCAUUCUUCACUCUCUAUCAUUGUUUUGAACCAUAAAUUUAACCUAAUUAACUAUUAUAAGUAAGUGAUGUGUAAUUUUUCAUUAAUUUAAAAUUAGUGCAGAAUAUUAAGAUGUAAGGUGCAAAUUCUACGAAUUGAAGUGUAAAAGUGCAUGCACUUGAACAACAAACUCCAUUUCGAUCUUUUUCAAACUUUAUCUAUAUGAUGGAGUUUAUCAUGAAAAUAAUAUAUUAAACAUAAAUGUUGCAUAUAUUCGCAUAAAAUUUGAUUCAAAUGAAAACAUAAUCAUAGGAGAGAAAUGAGAUUGAUUUUAGCAUUGGAUUAUGAUAUUAUGAAUUAUGUGAAACAUAAAUGUGCACUAUCAUAAAUUAGAAAAUGUGUAUUUGAAUAGUGCAUUAUUUUGACCGCAAUUGUGCACAUUUGAACUAUAUAUAUGCAUGAAGAAAUGUGCAUCUCCGUGAACCAUAGUAUGCAUCAUUUUGCGAGAAGAAGUGUUCUCAAUGGAACUUGAAUCUAUUUACAUAAACAUUCUUUUCAAAAUAAUUUAUUAAUAGUUUGUAUUAUAAGGGAAUAUAUAUUGAAUGUGAAAAGAAAUAGUAAGAAAUACUUAAAGCAACCAAUGGUGCAUAAUAGUGCGACUAAAAAUGCAUAUAUUUACUUAUUGAAUUGAUAUGCAUUUAUAGAUUUUUUUAGAAACAGAUCUAAUUUAAGAAAAAAUAGGAUUAGUGCAAAAUAUAACGUAAAUAAGCUUUUUACGAAUAUUUGAGUCUUACGAUAAAAAAAGAAUAUUUGAGUCUCAAUUAUGAAAAAGUAAUGUAUUUUUUUUAUCUUGAAAAAGUAAUGUAUUUGGAAAAGGAAAUGUAAAAGUUCAUAAAUAAUACUCCCUCCGUCCCCUUUUAAAUGGGACGGGAGAUGGUGGCACGGGUUUUAAGAAAAGUGAGUUUGUGUGGUUGAUAUUAAUUGAUAAAGUAAGAAUAAAGUAAGAAUGAUUUUGAGCCACACAAAGUUUACCAAAUAAGGUAUGAGACAAUUAAAUAGGGACAUCCCAAUAUGGUAAAACGGGACAUUUAAAAGGGGACGGAGGGAGUACUCAUUAUAAUCCCACUUUAUGCAAAAUGAAUGUCACGUACAAGAUGGGUGGGAGAGAAUCUCGGUACUCCCAUAACUAAUUCUCAAUACUUUGACAUCAAUGCCCUUACUGAACAAUACCAUUUGCAACUUUCCUUUUAAUGAAAAGCCCAUGUGAGGAAAUUGAUAUUAAUAAAAUCCGGAUGCACCUUUUUUUGUGGCCGUUAGAUCCAUGACAUCAACGGUUAAAUAUCAUUCUUUUUUCUCUCCUGAAGCUCCUUUCUCACUGGAACUUU